AUGCAGCCUAUCUCACCAGAGUCGACGGCGUCGACCUUGUCGAUGGAUGAGGCUAAGGCCUCCCCUCUCGCGUUACUACACGAACAUUCUCUUGAGCUUACCCCGGAUGGAAAAUAUGUGCGAUGGUUGCGUGAUCAUCCGAAGCAUCCUCGCAAUUGGUCUGGAGCGAGGAAGACAUAUGAUGUUGUUCUCAUUUGUCUAUUGGAUCUUUUCAUCACAGCAUCUAGCACCGCUGGUUCGGCUGCAGCUGCACAAGCUAAGCAUGAAUAUAACAUGAGUGAAACGCUAUCUACCUUUGUUUUUGUGACGCUAUUUCUCCUCGGCCAGGUGGCAGGCACUAUCUUGUUCCCGCCAUGGUCAGAAGCCUUUGGGCGCAAGAACAUGUACAUUUUCAGCAGUGGUCUAAGCGCAAUUUGCUGCAUGAUCAUUGGCCUUGUACGCCCAUUGCCUAUUAUUAUCAUCAUGCGAAUCAUCGCUGGGCUUCUCUCCGCGAUCCCGUACACCAUUAUCGGUGGAAGCAUUGAAGAUAUGUUCAACUCGCAAGCCCGAAUCUGGGCUAUGUACUAUUGGACCAUUGCAUCAAACAUCGGUCUGAUUCUUGGGCCUAUCAUGAGCAGCUAUAUCGUAGCAGGUCUCGAUUGGCGGUGGAACUUUUAUAUAUUCGCCAUGAUCAUUGCUGUAGUCACAGGCGGUCUAUUCUUUGUUCGCGAAUCUCGACCCUCUUUGUUGCUGGCCAAUGAGGUCAAGCAAGUCACAGACAUGACGACUAUGAAGUCGAUUCCGCCGCCUCUUAAUCAUGACCAUAUACCAGAUCUCCAUACAUUUGCAAAGGAGUCUCUUUUCCGGCCGGUCCAGCUCUUCUUCCAAGAACCCAUCAUCUUCAUCGUUUCAAUGAUGAUUUCCGUGGCCAUGUCUCUGAUAUAUAUCUUCACGCAAGCCCUGCAGCCCAUCUAUGAAUCGAUGGGAUUCGCAGAGACCGAGGCAUCCCUCAUCUUCAUCGCUAUUGGACUGGGAACUGUUCUCAGCGUGUUCACCCGCAUACUUGAUGGCUAUAUCCUUGACUACUUCCGCCGCCAGGGGCAGCCUAUCAAGCCAGAGUACAAACUCGUUGGGCUGGGCCUAGGUGGCCCAUUCCUUGCAAUUGGUCUGUGGUGGUUUGCUUGGACUAUUCCACCAGAUGUUCAGACUGCAUGGAUUGUGCCCACAAUAUCUCUUGUGUUGGUGGGGUAUGCUCUAACGGAGAUGGACACCGUGCUGUAUGGGUACAUCUCAGAUAGCUAUCUGAGUUAUUCUGCAAGUGCCACUGCGGCAGUUGCGUUUGUGCGAGCGCUGCUAUCUGGUGCAUUCCCGCUCUUUACAACGCAAAUGUUCGACGGGCUUGGUAACAACAUUGCUAUGUCUGUGUUGGCUGCUCUGGCCACUGCAUUCUGUAUCGUGCCGCCUGUGUUUAUCUUUUACGGGGAAAGGAUCCGUCGGGCUAGCAAGUUCGCUCGGUACAGUUGGGAGAUUCAGGAAGAAUUGGGUAAAGAUGAGGAGGAUUGGUGA